AUGUCACUUCACGAAGAAGCUGCUGGUAUUCUGGGAACUCAUGUGACUUGGGAAGAUGUUGAAGAUGAAGUUAGACAAAGUUUUGGAACACAAGCGAGGUUUGGCGAAAAUAAAAAAGCGACGAAUAUUGGAGAUAUGAAGGUUGGUUUUGGAAGGGUUUAGAGUAAUUAAUUUUUAACAAAUUAAUUAACUAAUUAAAAUAUUUAAAAAAAAACGUUUAAAAUUCUUUUUUUUUCAGGGUUUCAUGUCAAAAAUUGCUCUUAUCGAACCAGAUUGGACAUGUGAAUCUGAAAAUCUUCCCGAAAAAUUCGUAAUCAAAAUCAGUUCUCAAUUAGCUUUCGUCGCUAUGUCGAAAUUGAUAAAAUUUGGUGGUGAAAAUGGAUUAUCCGAGGAAAAACUGAGAAUUUUCGAUAAAAUUGUCAUAGAUCUUCAUAAUCGAGAAGUUGAAGCAUAUAGAUUUUUCUCGAAAACUCCACAAGCUUAUGCGAUUCCUCUCAUCAAAAUCUAUGGUUCUCGAAAAUUCAGUGCUGAAAAUCCACUGAAAGCCUUUCUGAUUUCGGAAUACGUGGAAAAUGUCAAAAAUUUGCCGAUUUAUGAAUCGCUGGAUCCCCUGGAAGUUGAAAAAAUCAUCAAAAAUAUCGCGAAAUUUUCGAGUUUCGGUGAGAUUUUUGAUACUAAAAGUGAAUUGAAUUUCGCGGCGGGACCCGAAUUUCUGGCAAAAAUUUUGACGGAAUUCGGCGAUGAUAAACUUCGCGUAACUUCUUAUCAAAUGUUGAGGCAAAGUUUUCCGGAAGAAUAUCGAGACAAAGUGGAUAAAUUGAUUGAGAUUUAUCGAUUUUUGAUGAGCCCUGGACAUAUUGCAAAACUUCACGGGAUUUGUGAUUUUUUAGGUGAGUCUAGGUUACUGUAGAUUGCUGAAUUUAUCUAGAAAAUUUUCAGGAUUCCGUCCAGUUUUACUUCACGGUGAUUUGUGGCCUGGAAAUUUGCUCUUCACCGAGGAAACCACAAAACUCCGUGCAAUCAUCGAUUGGCAAGCUGUAUGUUUCGGCGCACCGGCCCAAGAUUCGGGCCGAUUUUUCAUAACCGUUUUAUCCGCUGAAAAUCGCCGCAAACAUUUGAAUCAUUUGCUCGAAGUUUAUUAUCAGGAAUUUGUUGAAAAUGUGGAAAAAGCUGGGGCAAAAGUGCCGUACACAUUUGAGCAACUGAGAAAAAGCUAUCAAUUGAUGUUUCCAUUGUUGACCACAAUGGUUUUGCCGGGAAUUUUGAGAUUUGCUAAUUUGGCACAGGGAACAGAGGAGGAAAAAUUGAGGAUUCAUGAUUUGGCAUUGGAAAAAGCUGUUGGAAUGAUGGAAGAUGUUAUUCAAACUCAUCAGAACAAUUUGAUCGAGUUUUCUGAUUUUUAUAAUUUAUGA